GAACAAAAAUGGGACGAUUAUUUGGUUGCGCUGGAUUAGCCAAGGCGCUAGGUCGCUAGCCGAGAGUUUAGUGAAAGUGAGAGUGUCUAAAGAAAUUUUCCGGCUGUAUUUUCAGCUUUAACCUCUUCGUCUGACCUCUUUCGUGACUGUACGCAGUGAGAAUGGCCGCUGCUUCGUGUGUUUAUAUGUUUGUUGUCGUUUUGACCUGAGAAGGACUUGUGCUAACGUUAGCUUGCUAGCUUCCUGCUUGUUUACUCAGACAGUUCAACUAUUUUUACCCUGCGCGGAUAAGGUAAGUGUUUAAAACCAUUUAAUACUUUUAUUUUAACUUUGAUUUAUACAUUCUUAUUCAGUAAAAGGUCCCUAUUUACUCCAAAGCCAAUGAAAAUGCUUUACUACAUAAUCUACUUUGAAUGUGUAAGACUUUACCCACAUGAUCAACACAUUAUACAAGUCCAGUUUAAAGCUCCUGUAAGGAGAUUUCAUCAGGUUACAGAAUCAACCGAAUUUGAUAUAAACCACUAAAAUAGACAUUGAUAUUUUCUAUACUGUUAUUUCUAAUGUCAGAAAACAUGUCUGUGGGGUAGUUGUCAACAAAGUGAGUUCAAGUACACAGCUAAAAAAAUAUAUUUUGAUUUAUAUAAGAAAAUGGAGGAUCAUAUCUGUAAACUUUCCCAGUGGCCUUUUGUCCUAGAAGGCCACCAUCAUUUCAACAAUAAGAGGGGCGAGCAAGGGAGUGCUUUAAUCUAGAAUCUGUCUAUAUAUCCCAAAAUAUUCUAAUUCGUACAAACUGUACCACUGACAGAAAGCAGGAUGAGAAUUUUUCAUUAGACCAGAUCGAUGAAGAGAUGGGAGGUACGACUUCCAGGGCUCGACAGUGCAACCGUUUCACUCGCAGUUGCGACCCAAAAUAGAUGUGUGGACUUGUAAAAUGUAUUAAGGGGGCACAUCUGUGUUUUUUCAUGUAAAUACCGUGGUGAAGUUAGUUUAAGGUUGGAUAUCCGACGGACAUUCACUGCGGAUCUACCAGUGUCUUCUCACUCUCUCAUAACCGGGAAUAGCAAGAGCAGCACGGUUUAAUCUACUCGUUACCCUCGCUGUCAACGUCGGGUGUUGAAUAAGGGACCAUCAAUAAAUUACCGGUUGAUGUCCUCAGAAAAGGCUGUUUUCCUUCGAUAGCUUCCAUGUCAUGUGACUAAUUGACCCAAAAUUGAUUUCAAAUAAUAGUACUUAUGUCGACCAAUAAGACAGACAUUAUUUGAUCAAUUUUCAUUGUGCCCAAAAGUUCUUUGUGUGCUCCUUACUUUUUUAACUUAGGAGCACAUGAGCUCCUUGGGAAAAAGUUAGUGUCAAGCCCGGACUUCACCCACAGGGGGCGUCAACAUCAACACAAUCUAAUUUUUACUCAGCUGAGCUUUAUAUUGUCUUUGAUUUGUCAGCUUUGAUUCUCUUUGUGUUUUCACUUUUACUAAUAGUUGCAAAAGCCCAUAUUUUUCCAUUUUUUGCCAUAUGACACUGCUUAAACAAUUUUAAUGAGUGCGUGUGAGUUAGAAGAAAAAGUUUAAAUGUUAUUGCUGCACUGACAUCAGUCUUUCAAUGUCUUCUCUCUAAGAUGUUCCUGGUGGGGCUGACAGGAGGUAUUUCCUCGGGAAAGAGCACCGUAUCGACGAUGCUGCGGGAGCUCGGGUGCCCCAUUAUUGAUGCUGAUGUUGUUGCCAGGAAAGGUUGGUUAUUAUCCUCCCCUUGAUCAAAUUUUAAGGUUUUUUAAAUUACUACAACGACCUGUUGAAUGCUUGUCAGCCAGUGUCUGGGUUGAGAUGUGUCUCUUGAAUUGACCCUGAUUAAGAGAUGAGCAGUAACCCACAUGUCCUACACCACUGGCUAUUGUUGUGGCUUUGUUUAUCAACACUGGGCCUGUAGGAGGUUCAUUAAGAAGAGACAAGCGCUCGGAGAGAUUGUAUGAAUCAUGACGGCCAUCUCUGCUGACUGCAGGGAUCAUGUUUGAGCUGCGCGGUAAAGAUAAUAAGGUCAUAGAAGACGGGUAAUGGUACACAGCUGCAUCUACAAAUAAAUAUAUGACAAAGGGCAUUGUACUCAAGUGACUGAAAUACCUUGUUAUCCAUCUUACUCCCUUCUUUGUAUAUUUUGAAGGCGUCUAACCUCUUCAUACUAACUUGACUUUCCUAUGUUUCUACGUGUCUAUCAAUGUUACAAAGUUAUUUAAAAAGAAACCAACAAAAAUCUUAAAUGUUUUGUCUUUUCUCGAGAACAGUUGUGGAGCCACACACACCCGCCUAUUCCCGCAUCGUCUACCACUUUGGGCCUGAGAUCCUCCUGGAGAACGGGGAGAUCGACCGGCAGAAGCUGGGUCAGCUCAUCUUCGCCAACGAAGAGAAAAGGAAGCUGCUGAACUCCAUCACCCACCCCGAGAUCCAUAAAGCAAUGCUCAAAGAGAUCCUGUUCUACUUUCUCAGGGGUGAGUUUGGCUCAGUUAUCGGUUAACAGUGAAACAGAGAAUACUUUACUGAAAGAGAGCCAAGGCUGUUUGGCAGCGCAGCAAUGGGCUUUAGGGUCUUAGGCUGCCUCUCACAAAGCUCUCUGUGAGCCAAGAAGAGAAAGAUUUGAAAAUAUUCUCAAUGUUUUAUAAGGUAGAAGGUGAUGAAGGAGUAAGAAGUUUCUGCACUCAGGACUUUUCUUUUUACAUUUCAACUCGUGUUUGAAAAAGACUGCAACAUGAGUGCAAUGACUCACUCUCAUUUCAUUAAAAAUUUUCACAAGAUAAAUACAAAGCCUCAGGAAAGACUUCUAAAAUAUCACACAAAGAGAUAUUGGGAUACCAUUUCUCAUUUCACUUUCAAAAACUGGAUUCAGGAGUUGGACUUAACCAAAUUUCCCUCUAAAAAUACAUAUCUAUAUAAUUUAUUUAGAGUUAAACAUCAGUUUCUUUUUACUAUGUUUGGACUUUAAAACUAGAAACAACUGGGUGACAUCGCUGAGAUUACAUCUGUUCGAUACAGUCUAUUGGAUAUCUUCAACCAGGCCAAGAGUCGCCAUACAGGAAAUGCAGACACCAACUAACUUCUGGCUUAGUAGCAGAUCUAGAAACUAGGGCCCGACUGAUUUAACGGGCCCUAGAAAGGCUCUUUUCUGGUCAGAGUUUCAUCAGUCGGUCUUCCUGUCGGUGGAAGAGCAGUAGCCUACAAUAUAUCUACAGUAUAUAGCAUACUAUAGAUAUCUAAAGUACAUAUGUAUAUUUUAUAACUUCAUGAAAAACUUUAUUAAUCAGUAUCGGCAUCGGCCCCAAAAAACCCAUAUUGGUCGGGCCCUACUAGAAACCCUCAAAGAGGUGGAUCGGGGGCUGUAGUUUUGCAGCUACAUUGCGCCCACCUGUAUGUCAAAUUGGCUACGACUGUAACCGAGUCUUGAUAGAAAUCUGAGUGAAUUGAGGCUCUAACAGGGUUUUUUUUUCUUGGAUUUGAAGCCACAAGUGGACAAUCAGUGUCUACAAUUUGAUGCAUUUCAGCAUGAGCUUCAUUUUCACCUCCAAGCUGAGCACCUAGAAACAAGCUUAAAGUGAGAGCCCAGCCUCUCCUAACAUGUCGUAAAAAUCUGACAGCAAAAGUGACUCAGUAUGAUUCAGAUUUCUAAAAAAGAACCAAUUUUUUGAGCAAUCUAAUAGAUUUUAACCUGAAGUUUGUUAUUUCAAUUGUUUUCCGAACUUCAUCCUUCAUGCAAGCAGCAAACUUUAACAACAGUAGUGGGUUAAGAGAGCCAAAAGGUAAAUAUGUUCUGUGUUUACUACUAUUUCGAGUGAGAACACAGAAGUGGAUGUUGAAAGAUACAGUUACAGAUACACAGUGCAGCUCUUAGGCUGUCCAUGAGGCACUCAGUGUCUAAAACAAGUCUAAGAACGAGUCUUUUAUUCAAAAUUCUUGACUUAAUUGUAUUAUUUGUGUUUUGUCCAUGCUGAAGUGAGUUAAGAGUGUGUUCAUGCCUCCUCUUCUUUCUCUUCAGGGUACCGCUAUGUGGUGCUGGAUGUGCCCCUCCUUUUUGAAACCAGGCGUCUCACUCAGUUUCUAGCCCACACUGUUGUUGUUUACUGGUGAGAACACUCAGUAAUUUUCUUUCAUUUUCUCAUCACUGUCGAGCCUCUCUGAUGGACUGUUUAUCUAAAAGUUUCAUAGGUCCAGGUUAUGAAAUAUUUGGAGGUUUGUUUUUGACAACAUCAGGCCACAGAGUACUGUUUUUUUUUUUUUUUUACCUCUCUCCAGUCCUCAUUAUCAUGACUCACUGCCUCUGGAUUUUUUAACAGACACUCUGCCUGUACCAUAAAUAUCCUCCAUUGUCUGUUCCCUUUUCAGCGACCCUGCCACUCAGCUGCUGCGUCUGAUGCAGAGGGACGGUCUGACCCAGGAGCAGGCCGAGCAGCGCAUCGCCGCGCAGAUGCCGCUCAAUGAAAAGCGCGGCUUAGCCAAUCACGUUAUUGAGAACUCAGGCGGCCGAGAGGACACCCAUCGACAGGUCUUGAGGUUACACACAAAGCUGGAAGACUCCAUGGACUUCCUCUUAGUGAGGGUCAUAGCUAUCGCAGCCACAGCUGGCCUGGGUGGGAUACUGCUAUACGCGGCAAAGAUCCUCUUGUCCUAACAGAGGACAGAUGAGGGCUGAGAAGUGCUUCAGAUGUGGUCAGAGAGAGGCCGAAGGCACAUCAGGGGUAUCGAUGCAAUUUACUGUGAGAUUAGUCUAACAGCACCCGCCUCCACAGCUCAGAGGUGUGAUGUGCUCUGUUAUCAGUUAACACGGACUUACUUUAUUGACACAACACGCACUGACAUACGUGGUUUGGUGUGAAGGGUUUUUUAUGUGCAAUUCAGCUAGUUUACUCUCAGACCUUAAAAAUAUGAAGGUGGUUCCUGUGAAGCUUAGCAGCUGUACAAGCUCAUCAAUGUUCUUAACAGUACUUGCUGUCAAAGGCCUAAAAACAGCUGAAAUGUCUUAUUUUAAAGCAGCAGGCAGUUCAAAACAAGCAUUGAGUCAAAAUUUACCUGGAAAAAAACAAAGAUUUUAUUUUGAUUCACCCUUACACCUUUUUAAGUUUGUCAAAUCAGGCAUGUUGGGCGGUUGCAAAGAUUGUAAAUAUGUUCAAAAACAAUAUGGAGGGGAGUUAAAGAGGUAAAUUCUGUACAUUCUUUACAAAGGUGACUCCUGCAGUCAUCAUUUUCACUGUCACCUUAAAUUUAAGACCCGACACGCCCAUUUUAGCCCCUGUUUUAAAUUGAAUGGAGUACUUCUGAUUGUUAGACAUUUAUGACGCUAAAAAGGAAUGAACUACAGCGUAGUAAAAUGAUCACAAUAGAAUGUAGACGACCUGCAUAAUGAAGAUAAAUAACAGAAUGUAUUUGACAAUCCAUUUUUAAUGGGAACAGAGUGAAUUUUCAUGAAUUAACAGACUUUAUAUUUAUCACUGUAUUUUCUUACACUUGAAGCUAUCAUCUGUAUAUACCAGCCUGACUUUUUUGGUUGUUUCUUGAAUCUUGUGACAUUCAUUUGUAACUAAAAACAACAUUUGUAACAUUAGCUGCUUAGCUGGAUUAUAAAAGAUCAAACACUACUGUUUUAAAACAAACUGUCGUAUGGAGUCAGUUUUUUUUUUUUCAAUAAUUCAUUAUUCAUUUGGAUUUAGCAAUCAUCACAUACUUAAGUGCCUCUAAAAGUGAUUAUACGGACCUACAACCAAUCGGAUUAACAGCAAUAUGAAGAUACAUUAUCGGUUUGUCCACAACAGCUGCCAUUGCCUUCCGGUUAAUGAUGUUCUGUAUUAGUGUUAAUUUAUUUGGUAUUGUGUCCUCUGUGGACAGUUUAAGGUGGUUUGGAAUUUUUCUGAUGACUAGGAAAAGUUGUCUUUAAUCUGAUUUUAAAGCUCCUGUAAAGAGUUUUUCGCUGAUAGUGAAAAAUAUCGAAAUCAAUGUUGAUGUCCCCUCUGUGAAGAUUAAUCACCUACAUAUUAAUAAAUCAAUUAUCCCUUUCUCAUGCUUAGCCAUACAUGGCAGGUAAGAUAAUCAACAAAACAGCUUUUUUUUUUUUUUUUUUUUCAAUUUUCACAACAUAUUUAGUGUUAGAUGGGUUGGGAAUCUUGUCAGAAGACACUGUCUAGGAACUUUAAUAUGACAGUGAUUGAAAUGAUUAUGCAUUUAUCCUAAAAGGGAAAGGUUGGUAGAGCAUGCCCUUCAUCUAAACUUUUAAGUAAAGACAUAUUUAAAAGCAUUAAUAUAAACAGAUAAACAUCAUCGCACCAUCGAUUUUCGCUCGCACAACAAGAGAGAAGUAGAUAAAAAUUUUUGCUUUGAUGACUUGAAAAAAUAGUCCAGAUUUGAGCAAAAACCUUCAAGUCAAAAAUGUUAAAAAAAUGUAUCCUGCUCUAACCACUGUCCUCAAAAGUUGAGUUAUGAAAGAGUUAUGUUUAGAAAGAAUUUAAGGAAGAAUGGUCAAAGUUUUAAUAGAUUCUGACACAAUCCACUUAAAAGUCACUUGGCUAUUUUCUGAAGCUGUUGGUUCCUACAUUUCCCAUAGUGCAUCUCACUUGUGUAACAACCCUAAUUAAGCCACUUUAAGCUUUAAGUUGUCAAAACUUUGGGCUCUGACAACUUUAGACAGUCAAAGAAAUCAGAAUAAAAAGUGUUGCACAAGUUUUCAGAAGCUCCUAUCAAGAGAGAAAUUUCAAAAAUGCAGAGUCGUGUCCUUAUUGAAGAUUCAGCAAAUAACUUUGUUUUGGAUUUGUUUUAAACUACAAAGUAAAGAGAAAACUGUGUAUGAGAACUUCCUCCUGCCUCUGGUCAACUCUUUUAAUGUCAUUUUCUUUGUUUUACAGCUGAGUGACUUUAAUCUGCAAAUGUUUGCUUAAAAUUCAACCGCAGUUUAAUAAACAUGGUAGAAAAGUUGGUAAUGAAUUUUAAGCUUAUUAGUUUAUCAAACAAUUGUUCAGCUGAGUUGUGCACUCUUGCUUCUGUUAUAAUGAACAAUGAAUAAUUAACAAAAUAUUGUUAUGUAAUCCACGAAUAAAAAAACAGAUCCUGCA